AUGGGGAAGACCCCCGCCGAGUUGGACGAUUUCUAUCGUUUCUUCCGUAUUUCCGGAAUGGCUCACUGCAGUGGUGGUCCUGGUGCUGUUAACAUUGGCAACCAAGCCCAGAACUUGGCCAGCUAUGACCCCGAAGAGAACGUCCUGAUGGCCAUGGUCCGUUGGGUAGAGGAGGGGAUUGCCCCUGAGCACAUCACCGGAACUGCCUUUGUCAAUAAUACGAGAAGUGCCGGCGUUGACUACAAACGCAAGCAUUGCCGCUGGCCUACACGCAACGUUUUCAACGGGACAGGGAGCUAUAAGAACGAGAAUAAUUGGGAAUGUGUGGCAUAA